AUGCGCCUCUCUCUCGCCUUGCUCUCGGGAUUUCUCGCGAUCUCUCAAGCCAAUCAUAUCCCCGGUAGGAGCUUCGAUCGAUUGAUUUCCAUCUGGCUGGAAAACCAGGACUUUGCCAAAGUAGUCAAGGAUUCCCACAUUGGCGACCUGAAGAAGGAAGGGAUUCUGUUAACCAAUUAUUACGCCCAAACCCACCCAAGCCAGCCGAACUACAUUGCAGCUCUUGCAGGCGACUACUUUGGCCUGAACCACGACGAACGCAUACGCCUGCCAAUAAAUGUCUCUACCAUCGUGGAUCUGCUCGACUGGCGGGGCGUGUCAUGGAAGGCAUACAUGGAGGAUUUGCCUGGUCCGGGCUACUUGGCCGAUGCCAGUGAUGGCCAGACGGGCGGCGGCAAGUGGGACUACGUCCGAAAGCACAACCCCUUUGUCUCCUUCGACUCCAUUAAUCUCAACGGAACCCGGCUGCUCAACAUCCAGGAUUUCCAAGAGUGGAAGACUGACUUCGAGGCCAAGCAAGUACCCCAGUACGUUUUCAUGACUCCCAACAUGAUGAACGACGGUCACAAUACCACCCUCGAGUACGCCACCAAGUGGGCCCGCGACUUUUUGAAGCCCAUGUUGGCCGAAGACGCUUUCAAGGAGAGGACUCUCAUCCUCUUGACCUACGACGAGUCCGAAGACAAGGGCAAGCCGAACCAGAUCGUGUCACUCCUGAUGGGAAGUGCAAUUCCCAAGAACCUGAAAGGGACAGAGGACAAGACUUUCUACUCGCACUACUCGAUGAUGUCGACGGUCGAGUUCAACUGGGAGCUUCCGAACCUCGGGAGGUAUGAUGUUGGAGCCAACAUCUACCAGUUUGCGCAGAACCUCGGAAGCAAAGUUCUCGUAUCAAACAAGGACCCGCCUAACAUGGCGGACGUGAACAAUUCCGAAUCGUACCCUGGAGCCUUGAACAACGACACUGGCAAGUUCCGUCCCUAUCCGCCUCCGAAUCUUGGACUCAACGGGUCGAGCGGGCUGCCAAUUCUGGAGCACAUUCGCUUGCAAUGGAUUUUCCAUAAGGAGGAAACACCGUAUGAUGGAAAAGGCACUCUCUAUGAUGCCAGAUUCCAGCCAAAGUAUAUACCGCAGGUUCCUGUCAGGCAUGGGGCUUGA